AAGAUCCGCUGUCGAAGAAAGGACAGGGCCGACGGCGACGAACAUGGAGAACUCACGAAGCGACAUUGAUCCACACGUGCAUGAAGAAGGAACGAAGGAAGCUAUAUGGGCAUCGUUCAAACUUCGCUGCAACGCAUGCUGGGAAGUCUUGUGUGGUUCCAAUGGGCCGCAAACGUGCUAUCGUACGACAUGCAGUCACAUCUUCUGUGAAAAAGACGCGUACAAGCAUUUUGGAGAUGGAGACUUGACCUGCCCUGCGUGUCAAGAAGACUUGAGUCAGAGGUCUGGCAGCAUAUGCGAAAUGACUGUAAAAAGCGCCACGGAUCCACGAAAACUAGAGGUUAUAUGGGAAGAAAUGCUAGCUGACCCCUCAGCCUGCUUGGGUCAAAUUCAAGGCGCAUUUGCAUUUCUUUUGGUAAAAUUCUCGAGAUCCAAUUGGCAUUGACUGUAAAAUUUGUCAAGUUCCAGCAUGCUCAAGAGAACUUCAGACAGGAGCGGUUACGCAAUGCUCUGGUCGAAGAACACAACGGAUACCAACAGCAGCAUGGCGAGCGCUACUUACAAAUGAAGAGUUAUACCGAAAAGCUGGAAGAAGAGCUCCAGGAAUACAAGAGCAAAGUUACAACAUUAACAGCUUCAAACGACGAUCUACGAGAGGCUUACAAAGAUAAAUCUCGGAAAUGCCGCAACUGGGAGAAAAUGGUCAAAGCACUGAAAACGCAGAGUCAAGGUCAGGGACAACGAGCAAUGUCUGCGCAACCGUCAGGGCGCCUCCCUCAAGUUCCAGCAUCACCCAAAUUUGCCAACACGAUGGCGAGUAUCCCCAGCGCGAAAUCUAUUCCCCGCCCUGCUUAUGCAUCAAAUUCUACGACACAACGCCCAGUAUUUGGGCUACCUCCUCAGAUGAAUUCGUCGUCGCAUCGCUUUGCUCCAGGUGAUGCAGCUAAUUCUACACUCUGCUACGUUUCUCCAUGACUUGUAUGACUAUUUCCAGGACACGACAGCUCCGUGUUUCGCAGCAGUGGCAAUAGUGUUCAUGUGCCAACUCCUCUACCUCAUUCCGGCCCAAACACUCGUUCAAGCAAAAAAAGAUACGCUUGACUUCAAAACGUUCGUUGCCACUAUAUUUAGUGCAUCUUCAUGUACCUCAACUUUAAGUGUAAUGCACACGAGCGUGAUUGAGUCCGCGCAGCCCUUGUUUGACAUCCCCACGGAUGAAAACUCCGUUGACGAUGAGUACAACGUCGCAUUCGACGAUUCGGAGCCACCAGUUCCGCCAAGGCAGCAUCUUGCAACGACCUCUACACGUACAAGCGGCAUUUCUGGUAUUCAAGCACAGUUCGUGGCAUCAGGCGUGAUUCUGGACGACUUGUCCUUCUUGGAGCCCGACCUUUGCACAUUGGCCGAUUGGCAAGCUGAAGUUGACGCAAGAAUGGCAAUGCCGACCAAGUUGGCACCAACACGUGAGCUAGACAACGAGCUCGUGUCGCUUCUCACCGAAAUGAAGCCGAAGGCGCACUUCAUGACAGCGGCAACGUACUACAUGACCCAUCCAAAGCAGUGGCACGCGUUCAUGCGAAACCCGAUUGUCCACGAAUCGUGUCGCACCCUCGGGAUAGCUAUGGAAACGUUGCAGCAUCGGUCGUUGGAGUCGUUUCGACGAGAUCAUGCAAACGUCGUGCCAGAGAUGGUGGCACGCGUCCGCCAUCAAGCACACGAGCGGGAACGGCAAGAAUGCAUUGCGUUAAUUCUGCAAACGCAGCCGCUGCUGCAAGCCAAGCACGAGACUGCAGCAGGAGGACCAUCCACUCCGACGUCCCCUGACGUUGCGACGACGCGACCAACGAAGCAGCGCAUUCGCCCCUUGCCAAGGGCCAUGGAAGCCCCGAAACAGACCAAAGAGGACACUGACCGCAUGCGCCUUAUCCGUGAAGCCAAACUGCUUGAGAAUGCCGAGCGGUGGAAAGACACAAAAGAGAGUAUUCGACGUGCAGCAACGAGGCGGGCCGAUGCGUUGCAGAGAACGGAGCUGGGCUUCAAGAAAAAAGAGUUCGAAGCCGAAGUCAAGCGCAAGGGGCGCGACGCCAAGGCCGAACAAGAUCAACGUCGUAAACUCAUCAUCGAAAGAGUUGUCAAGCAGAAGACUACUGUGGAGUUGAAACCCCAGUCAGCCCAAGAACAGCGGCUUGUGAACGAGUUGCACAAAAUCGAACUCAACGAGCACAUACAUCGCGCCGACAGACUCAAGCACGCCAAGGAGUACCAGAAAGCAUGUUUAGCCACUCAAGGCCACUGAAGCAAGGGGCAAUUUGUUGGGUUGGCGCGUCUGGCAUGUUGUCGUUGUGCCGUGUGUGAAUGAUGCUGCAGCAAGGUCAUAUCGUUGAAGGUUGGGGUACGCUGUCGUCGACGUCAUACGCUGAGAGAAAAAGAACUUGGGGUGCAUGGUAGAGAUCCGCCAUCGUAACACUGUUGCCAAAGCAAUAUUUUCCCGCCGUCUCGACCAGUGGAGCCUCGACGCCUUCAAACCCACAAGUCACCCAAUGUCAUUCUGCCUUGACGGGUCUUCCUUUUCGCUGAUCUAGAUCAAUCCACGUGAAUCGGGAGCAAUAUUUCCACACGAA